AUGUCUGCUCCAUCGCCAGUAGCACCAGGUGCUUCUACGGCACCAACUCAGCAUGAUGCUCCCGAGCCGUUUCCCACGUUGAGCAGCUCGCCUUCCCCCACGAGUCCUCCCCGAGCCACCACGGAAAAGUCAGACCAUAAUCGCAGCAGGGGCGACUCUAAAACUUCUAUUCCAGGACGACUACGGAGCGCGUCGAAGAGUUUUGCAGAAUCGAACCCUCCAACUGGCAUGUGGAUAGCGACAGGCAAUAUUGUAUCUUCCAUCCCAUCCUUAUCAGACAUCAGAAGAGGAAGUUACAGUAGUGACGGCUGGUCUGGAGAAGGUCAGGUCCGAGAAAAAGAAAGACGUGCAAGUCUGGUCAGGCAAGGCAGUUCCGAAUCGAGAAUCAUGCGACAAAAUAGCACAGGAGUGCCAACGAGUCCCGGGGGUGGCAAAUCGCCAGGGCGCUUUAGGGAGCAGAGCGUCCCCGAAGUCGCAGAACCAGAACAACUCCGAGUUAUUCCAUCAGGCGUACCAAUUGACUCAUCUACGAAGGGCAAGGAGUUAGAGCCAGUCGGAAGUGAGAUGGCGGAGUUGACGAGUAACGGCGAAAAGAAGAACAAAAUGGCUGCCGACCAUCGAAGCAGCAGCGAUACCAAUCUCACGCGUGGCGGAACCUCCUCGAAGACUGACGACGCCUUCAGAACUGAACCUUUCGACAAUGGUUAUCAGUUCCCCCCGAAGCACGAUUGGAAAGAGGCUACUAUGAUUGGGCUCAAGGCAUCCUGGAAGUUCGUCAUCACACCUAUUGGUUUUUUAGUGACCAUAUAUGGUCUCAAUGUCGUGGCAUGGGGUGGUAUGUUGUUCUUGCUACUAUGCAACGCUUCCCCCGCUAUGUGCAAGCCGACAUGUAACGAUAUCAACUCUCCUCGUCGAGUCUGGAUCGAGAUCGAUUCUCAAAUUCUGAACGCCCUUUUCUGUGUGACUGGAUUUGGUACAAUUCCUUGGAGGUUCCGAGAUCUUUAUUACUUGUUACAAUAUCGCCUUCAAAAGAAUGAGAUGGGCCUGAGAAGGUUGGCCGGUAUCAACCGCGGCUGGCUAAGGCUUGCUGGCUCACAGGAUUUGCCCGUUACAUUCGGCCCUGCGGAGGCAGAAAAUGGAAUCGGAAAUGCCUCAACGAGCACGUUAGCAUUCCCCCCAAAGAAGCAAUCGGAUGCUCCCUUGACUGGCAUCAGAGCUCCACCAACCGCUCUGUGGAAGCUUGACUUUGUCAUCUGGUGCAUGGUAUGGAACACCUUCCUCCAAGCUGUUCUUUCAGGCUUCAUGUGGGGUAUGAACAGAUACGAUCGUCCGUCUUGGAGUACAGGUCUCUUCGUUGCCUUGGCAUGUAUCGUAGCGGCAGCUGGUGGUAUCAUGGCCUUCAUCGAGGGCAAGCACGUUAAGAGCAUCGAAGGUGUACCGGUCACGGAGAAGGAUCAAGUGCGUCUGGCAAAGGAUAAGGAGGCGGGUGUUACACACUACAACAAUAUCAAAGGUGUGAAGCCCAAGGAGAAAAAAGCCGAUGAAGAGAAAGGUCUUUUCCACCGAAAGGACAAGCAUACAGCAGCUGUUCAGGUGGAAGAAGACGCGAUUGGAGAGGGCGUAUCUCAAGUCGUGCGUUAG